AUGAAUUCAUUCUCGGAAAUCAUUGAUGACUUAGAUCUAAUUGACCUUCCUUUGCAGGGAGCUCAAUACACUUGGUCAAGAGGGGAAACUUCUCUCCAAGCUUCAAGGAUUGACAGGUUCUUGUUUUCCUCAGAGUGGAAUGAAACAUUCAAAUCAAUAAAUCAAGUGGCCCUUCCAAGGGUAUUAUCAAAUCACAAACCAAUCUUGCUAGAAAAUGGUGACUGGGAAGCCACUUCUUCAUAUUUCAAAAUUGACAAUAUGUGGCUUCAAGCGGAGGGGUUCAUGGAUAGGGAAACUUUUGGCAAGAUUGAAGCUAGGAGAAACAAGGCACUUGAUGAACUAAGAAUUCUGGACCAAAUUUCAGAGAUUAGAAUCCAAACCCCAAAAGAAAAAUUGAAAGCCUUCAACCUGAAGGUGGAGCUGCAGCAGAUUGCAACAGCUGAAGAAACCUCUUGGAGACAGAAGUCAAGGUGCUUGUGGCUAAAAGAAGGGGACAAAAACACCAAGUACUUUCAAAGAAUGGCCAACUACAACAGAAGAAGCAACAUCAUUGACAGGUUGAAGAUAGGGGAUGAAACCAUUGAGGACAAAGCAUUGAUCAAGAAGGAAAUUCUGGAAUUUUACCAGAAUAUGUACAAUGAAAGUGAACCUUGGAGACCUGAUGCUGACUUUGAAGGCAUUUCUACACUGAGCAUGGAGGAAAAGGAUGAGUUGGAAUCAUCCUUUGUAGAAUCUGAGGUUCUUGAAGCACUGAAAUCAUGUGCUCCUGACGUCCAGAUGGGUUCACCAUGGGUUUCUUCCAAAAAGCAUGGGAUAUCAUUAAAACAAACAUCAUGGCUGCACUUAACCAUUUCCACCAUAAUUGUCACAUGUUUAGGUCUUGCAAUGCCACCUUUAUUGCUUUAA